CGAGCUGAGAGAAGCCAGAGGGACAGGCGCUGGAAGAUGGCACCUGCGGGUUUGGUUUUGGCCUGCUUGCUGUUCACCGUGAGGAUGGUCGGCGCCUCAGCGGUGUAUCUGGAGCCUGAGCAGGAGGAGCUCAAUGAAACCGUCAUAUGUACCAACGACCACAUGGAGGUCGUUAUUCCAAGUGCGUUUUUUCUCACCAAAGUGCCUCCAGUUUAUGUUUGGGAUUUGCAUCUAAAUGACCCGGAGUGUCGCGGCGUGGAGGUCGAAGAUGUCUACGUCUUCAGCAUAAAGACCAACCUGUCAGACUGCGGGACGAUAAUGGCCUCGGAUGACACACACAUCAUGUUCAUAAACACCAUACACAACAACAUUUCAGACGUCAUCACCAGGAACUACAUCAACAUAACCUUCGUGUGCCGUUACCCCAUCAACUACAUGGUGCAACAGCCCGACGGGGGCAACAUGAUCCGAGUGGACGUCAGAACCAUCACCCUGAACACGGAGGACGGGAAUUUCUCCGUGUCGAUGCUGCUGUACAAAGACGACGCUUUUCAGGACCGGUGGACGACGGUGCCGUCUCUCACCCUCGACGACGACAUCUUUGUCAAAGUUUUCAUGAUCCCGGCCCACCUGAUGCUGCGUGUGGAGAGAUGCUGGGCCACCCCGACCAGCGACCCGUACAGCAAUAUUCAAUACACCUUCAUUCGAGACAGCUGCCCCGUCCUGUCGAACAAGCAGACCCUGAGCGUGAUGAGGAACGGCCAGGGUCCAGAGGCCACCUUCCGGAUACAGAUGUUCAAGUUUGUGGGCAGCUCCUACACCGACGUCUUCCUUCACUGCAACGUCCAGAUCUGCCACGGCGGCCUGUGCCAGCCCAACUGCUCUGGUGAAGAUGGAUUAAUGAGAUCCCGGAGAGACGUCCCUCUGUCUCACACUGUGUCUUAUGGACCAAUCAGACGAGUAUUAAACAGCAGUGAUAAACCUAUUCUGACUGCAGCCGGAGUCCUGUCUGCGGAGACCUUUGUCCUGGGGGGGCUGCUGGUGGUCCUGCUGCUGAUCACAGCAGUGUUCGGGAGGCUGUGGCUUCGCUCCAGGCGCUUCUACCCGGCGCGCGAGGCACAGCUCACCCUGUCCAACAUACACCACAUCUCCGAGGUGGCCUCGUGAUUCCCAGACCUCAUCCAGCUGACCAACGGACGCAGAAACAAACACACGG